UUGAAUGUGUGUCGGGAGCGCGCGUGCGCCGCCCCGCUCAUUGUGAUCCGAUCUGAGUGUGUGAGCAGAGAAACUGAUCCGAUUUUACUGAGGAAGAAGCUUUACAGAUCUGAUCAGAACCACCGAGACCACAGCGAGGGAAACCAGAUCAGAAUAAAUUAUUAAUAAUCAUGUCCAAACCGAAUUAUACUGGAGUUUAUCACUGGGUCUCUCACGAAAACUUCGAGUCCUAUCUGGCUGCACUGGACAUUAACAUUGCGUUGAGGAAGGUGGUGUGCAUGCUGAAACCCACUAAGCAAAUCGAGCAUGACGUGAAUUCAGGAAACAUGAAAAUCAAAACCCUCACCACGUUUAAAAAUUUCGACAUGGACUUCAUGCUGGGACAGGAGUUCACCGAGGACCUAGGUCCUGUUGAUGGCAGAAAGUGCCAGACUACAGUAGAUUGGGAUGGUGAUAAAUUGGUGUGUGUGCAACGAGGAGAGAAAGAGGGACGAGGAUGGACACACUGGCUCGAAGGCAACCUGCUCCACCUGGAGCUUCGUGUGAACAACGUUGUGGCAAAGCAGGUUUUUAAGAGAGCAGAAUGAGAAGCUGCUUCCCCAAAGUGAUUAAUUCAACAUUCCAAUCAUCAGAAAGAACUUGUUUCUACUAUUAGCAUUUUAAUCAGAUAAUUCUCAUUUAAAUCAUUUGUCCAGGCCAGAGUUUAACUUCAGAACUAAACGAUAUUUUAAUUAGUUUAAUAAUGAUUGUAACCCAGAAGAAUGUGCAGCCUUUAAGCAUUAGAUGAUGAUUAGCAGUUAGCAUGGAACACUGGUUGUAUUUGGUGGAAACGUUUGUUGUAUCAUUUUAAAGGAAAAUAAUGUUUAAACUGUAAGCAUCUUUCAGAAGAUUCCUACAAAUGCUUAUCAUUUAAAGAACUACAGAUUCUUUCUUCACAUUCUGUCAAAAAGAAAAAUUAAUUCAUUUAUUCGAUCACGGUUUAACCUCAUCAAUACCCAAUAAAACUGUAGUUUCAGUGUUUGACCUCUGAGUGGCGCUCAAGUGCAGGCUGUAUAGUGAACAACCUUAUGCAGAUUUUAAUGCAGAAUUACUCUUAUUUGUUAAAUUUGACAGAUUGGAGACAAAAUUCAUUGCUAAAGUUAAGGAACCUUUAAAUGUCAAAUUCAGUAAACUGUGUUCGUUGUACAGGACGUGUUCAUUUACUCUCAUGUCAAGAUGGAAUUUUUACAGGGGUGCACAAACUUUUGCUGAUUGUGUGUUUGCUGUUUGUAUGUAGAUUCUGAUGCACUACAUUUCUAUAGUUGUGACAUUUCAUGCCCUGUUAUAAAAGACUUUUUAUCUGGA